GAGAAAUUUGUGAAUUUUUGUGGCUGUGAGAAUGAAAGCAGCACUUCUAGCUUCUGUUGAUUUUGUUUCUUCCUCCCUAUUCUUAGGGUACAGCAGGACCAGAUCCAACAACAGUCUAUGUAGAUAUGAGAGCACUUCGACAUGACAGGGUGCGUUUGGUAGAGAGAGGUUCUCCACACAGUCUGCCACUUAUGGAGUCUGGGAAGAUUCUUCCUGGAGUAAAGGUCAUCAUAGCACACACAGAAACCAAGGGACCUCUGGGAGACUCGCAUUUAGGAGAGAUAUGGGUCAGCAGUCCACACAACGCCACUGGUUACUACACGGUGUACGGAGAAGAAGCACUGCACGCCGAUCACUUUACUGCUCGCCUGAGCUUUGGGGACACCCAGACCACGUGGGCCCGGACUGGGUACCUGGGUUUCCUGCGCAGAACAGAGCUGACCGAUGCCAGUGGAGAGAGGCACGAUGCCCUGUACGUGGUAGGCUCUUUGGAUGAGACACUGGAGCUCAGAGGAAUGAGGUACCAUCCCAUUGACAUAGAAACCUCUGUAAUAAGAGCACAUAAGAGCAUUGCAGAAUGUGCUGUGUUUACGUGGACGAACUUGCUGGUGGUGGUUGUGGAGCUGGAGGGCUCGGAGCAGGAAGCGCUGGAUCUGGUUGCGCUGGUAACGAACGUGGUUCUGGAGGAGCAUUAUCUCAUUGUCGGCGUCGUGGUCAUCGUGGACCCUGGUGUCAUUCCCAUCAAUUCCCGCGGUGAGAAACAACGGAUGCACUUGAGAGACGGAUUCUUAGCUGACCAGUUGGAUCCUAUUUAUGUUGCCUACAACAUGUGAAACCAGAAAAUCACAUCAAGGCUAAAGCACUAAAAUACAAGGGACUUUCUUCAUAACAACAUCAGAAUUCGUCUUCUGUGUUCUACAAAGCUGUUGAAGACCUUAGGAAAAUGGAGAUACUAAUCUUCACAGACCUUCAUCUCCUAGAUUACAUUUGCUUUCAUAAGUCCAUUGUAACAGUUAUAGCUGUCUUAGGAUGGAGGGUUUACUGGAAUUCCUGAAGGAAGCUUAUUAGAACUAUCAUGGACCAAUUUAUUUUUUUGGGGCAGGGGAGGGAGUAAUGAUGAAUGUCAGUACUUGAUGCACUGCAUAAGAGGACACAGAGCAGGUUGGGGAGAGAACACCAGCUGUGAGGAGGACUCCUGGAACUAACAGCACAAGUUGUGAGUAACCACCCGGUGCUCACCCUCCGUGUGGCUGUUCGCAAUAAAUCGGCAGUAUUGGGGUUGGGACAUAACCUUCAAGAUUGCACACACCUCUACCACAUUCUCUACUG